AUGGACAGGUUGCAUUCAUCCAUGCGUAAAAGGCUCUACAGUUUGCCACAGCACAUCGGACAGAAAGCGUUCAUCAUGGGUGAUGCAGAAGACUCCGACAAGGACACCCGGAGGAAGAGCAUCCGGAUGAAACCCCUGCCGUCGCCGACCUCCGAGGGGGAAACCAGAAGCGGAGAGUCCGUGAUCAUGGAGACGGACAUCGGGAGACCCGUAAAGACCAGCUCCAACGGGGACUGCCGGAGGUUCCGAGGCAGCCUUUCUUCCAUCACCAGUCGACACGUCCACGACUCGGAUGUAGCGGAGGAGAGGCGUCUGAUCACGGAGGGAGAAGCCACUCCGAGCGAGGAGAGCCCUCCCGGAGCCGCGGGCGGCGGGGGAGAGGAUGAGGAUGCCGCCGGUGCGAGCCAGCAGCAGCAACCGGGCGUCCCGGAUCAGCAGGCUGGCUUCAUAAAGCUGGAGGGCAUCGAGCAGAUCCUGCCUGACGACGAGAGGUACUAUCAAGAGGGCUUCAUGCACAGGCAAUUCGGGGCGAUGCUGCAGCCCGGGGUCAAUAAGUUUUCCCUGAGGAUGUUUGGGAGCGAGAAGGCGGUGGAACGGGAGCAAGAACGGGUCAAAUCCGCUGGCUACUGGAUUAUUCACCCCUACAGUGAUUUCAGGUUUUACUGGGAUCUCACCAUGCUACUCCUGAUGGUGGGAAAUCUCAUCAUCAUUCCCGUGGGCAUCACCUUCUUCAAGGACGAGCACACGCCGCCGUGGAUCGUCUUCAACGUGGUCUCCGACACCUUCUUUCUCAUGGACCUGGUGCUAAACUUCCGCACAGGAAUUGUGAAGGAGGACAACGCAGAGAUCAUUCUGGACCCUCAGCAGAUCAAGAUCAAAUAUCUGCGCUCGUGGUUCGUGGUGGACUUCAUCUCCUCAAUCCCCGUGGACUACAUCUUCCUCAUUGUGGAGACACGCAUCGAUUCGGAUUUCUACAAGACGGCGCGCGCUCUGAGGAUUGUCCGCUUCACCAAGAUCCUCAGUCUGCUGCGGCUGCUGCGGCUCUCGCGCCUCAUACGCUACAUUCAUCAAUGGGAGGAGAUAUUUCAUAUGACCUACGACCUGGCCAGCGCAAUGGUGCGAAUCGUCAACUUGAUUGGGAUGAUGCUGUUGCUCUGUCACUGGGACGGAUGCCUGCAGUUCCUGGUGCCCAUGCUGCAGGACUUCCCCCAAGACUGCUGGGUGUCCAAGAACAAGAUGGUGAACGACACGUGGGGUCAGCAGUACUCUUACGCUCUCUUCAAGGCCAUGAGCCACAUGCUGUGUAUUGGAUAUGGCAUGUACCCACCUGUCGGCAUGACAGACGUGUGGCUGACCAUCCUCAGCAUGAUCGUGGGUGCCACCUGCUACGCCAUGUUUGUCGGCCACGCCACGGCUCUGAUCCAGUCGCUGGACUCCUCACGCAGGCAAUAUCAGGAAAAGUACAAGCAGGUGGAGCAGUACAUGUCCUUCCACAAGCUGCCAGCAGACAUGAGACAGCGGAUCCAUGAUUACUAUGAGCACAGAUACCAGGGGAAGAUGUUUGAUGAAGAGAGCAUUCUGGGAGAACUGAAUGAGCCACUAAGAGAGGAGAUCAUAAACUUCAACUGUCGGAAGCUGGUGGCGUCUAUGCCGUUGUUCGCCAACGCAGAUCCGAAUUUUGUGACGUCAAUGCUCACCAAACUUCGCUUUGAGGUCUUCCAACCUGGGGACUACAUCAUACGAGAAGGAACCAUCGGAAAGAAGAUGUACUUUAUCCAGCACGGCGUGGUGAGCGUCCUCACCAAAGGAAACAAGGAGGCCAAGCUGUCGGACGGGUCCUACUUUGGAGAGAUUUGUCUGCUGACACGAGGCAGACGCACCGCCAGCGUCCGGGCCGACACAUACUGCCGUCUGUACUCUCUGUCUGUGGAUAACUUCAAUGAGGUCCUGGAGGAGUAUCCCAUGAUGAGGAGAGCGUUUGAGACCGUCGCUCUGGACCGCCUGGACCGCAUCGGGAAGAAGAACUCUAUUCUCCAGCACAAGGUCCAACAUGACUUGAAUUCAGGGGUUUUGAACUACCAGGAAAGUGAGAUCAUCCAGCAGAUCGUGCAGCAUGAUCGGGACAUGGCUCACUGCGCCAACCUGAUGCAGAGUCCGUCGCCGCCUGCUCCUCCGUCCCCUACUCCCGUCAUCUGGGCUCCCCUGAUCCAAGCGCCUCUACAAGCUGCUGCCGCCACCACAUCAGUUGCUAUUGCACUAACCCACCACCCCCACCUCCCCGCAUCUCUCUUCCGACCUCCGGUGUCCAUUCUGGGAUCGAGAAACGAGCCGCCCAGCCGCCUAAAGAGGUUUCAGACAAUCACACCAAAACCAGGAGGUCCCGAAUCAGCUGGUGACUCUCCAUCCGGUUCCCCAUCAAAGAUUCGUCCGGGAGUCGAUACACCAGUUCUCGCAGCCCUCCGGAUGCAGCACUCAUCAGGAGCAACCGGCAAGCAAGCCGGAAUUUCGUCAUUCCCAUUUGGAAGCUUUUCUUCUUCAUCGGCGUCUCCGACUUCUAGCACCGCACAGCUCCAUUCGCAGCCAAUACAAAAGCAAGCCGUCGCUCCCAACACUUCUCCCCAACUGGGACAUCUCCAACGAGGAUUUCCAACUGGGAUCUUGGCUACGACCUCAUCGAACACUAGCCCUCUUACCACAGGCUUGUUCAGCCAUGCACCCGGUCAAUUGCUGCAUGGCCAACCCCCACCAAAACCAUCUCAAACAAGCUCCCUGCAGCAAUUUGCUUGCGGAGGGGGCAAGACUUCCACUGGGUUGAACCUCUUCCACACUCCCCCACCCGGAUCCCCUGCUUCCAGCCAUUCCCAAGCCCCUGAGAGUUACAUGUCAUCACAGAUGCCUCCUGCUUUAUCCUCUUGCCUUCCUUUGGAAAGGUCAGCACUGGCCUCGCUUGCACAGUAUGGCUCAGCGAACACCUCGCCCUGCUACACCCCUCUAGCCCCGAGUCCGACCAUCCAGAGCCCCGUCACGGGGAGAACUUUCCACUACAGUGACCCUUCCAGCACCGCCGGCUCCCACACCUCCCUUCUCCUCCCGCAGUCCUCCUGCCCUGGCCAGCUCCCGGGUCACCACUCUUCCGGCACAGACUCUCCGCUGGGCCGCUUUUAUGAGGAUUUGAACAUACUGUCAAGCUACCAUCCUGUAGAGGCACCAGGUCAGUCUUCCCCUCGGGAGCCCGGAUACUGCCUCUCGCCGUAUUCGUCCCCGACGCUCACCCCCAAACCCUGUAGCUCGGUAUCAGGGUACAUGGUCAGCCCCGUACAGACUUCACCAGGCUCUCGAGGCCAGGCUUGUUCGAUAGGGACGUCACCUGCACUUUCUCUUCCACGCGCCUCUGACGGCCGCCCGUCUGAACUAGAACUGCUCCGUUCGAAGCUCCCUUCCAAUUUGUGAGACUAAAUCACACCCUCCUAAAUCUGUAUUAGCGAUCUUCCUCUAUGUGGCGUUUUCUUUCAUUAUCUCCGUAUUGGCACUGUGUUUUAAUCAUUUUAAAUAUCAAAAUAUUACUGUGAUUUAAAAAAAAUCGAGUUUAUCGACUUAGAGCUUUAGAUUUCUCUUUCGUUUUGCUUCGUUAACCUCC